AUGCAACGAAUCAUCGCUCAAACGAAGGGAUCUUGGAGUGAGCAUCGACGGUCGUCGACCCGCCCUACCCUCGUCAAAUGGCUUUACGGUGAAGCAGGGGAGUUCGUUACACUCGCGUCGUGUUGGCUGGCGGCGCCUCUGUCCCGGGGGCUGCGGGCCCUCCUAGAGGUGGGCUUGCGGCGCGGUGCGGUGCGGUGCGGUGCGAGGCGGCGGGGCGCGGGGUUAGCGACCGACGCAUCCCCCGACGGGCGGUCGUCGACCCCGCCGCGACCAGAUUUCGGGCGCGCGGCGGCGCCGGUGCAAGGGACGCGCCACUACGGACACCGAGACGGGCACCACGGACAGUUACAGCCCUCGCCCUCGCCCUCGUACUCGCCCCUUAAGCGCGACGCCGAGUGGCGUGACUACACGGGCAUGCGCCACUUUGUCCCACGGGAUAAUAAUGUAGCAAAUAUAGAGCUGAGCCGCGGAAUGGGAAAGUAUAUAAAAAAUAACAAUGCGCGCCAUGAUUGGACGGUGCGCCGUGGCGGUGGCGGCGGAGGGCCGAACGGGUUUGCCGCCUACCGCCACCUGGCGAGGCCCGUUUCAGUCCUCAGAACACUAGUCGCGCGGUCGACAACCUCGCGGCCCAAGGUCGUCGGGGACCGGUCACCCUCGCUCGCGACCUCCGGCAUGGCACAUAUGGCACCCUCAUGCUUUGUGGCAGUGGCCGUUGUUGCUGCUGUUGCGGAAGGACAGGCCGCGAGUGAAGCGAGACAGCCCGCGCGGGAAGGGGUGCGAGGGUGUGGAGUGCGGCCAUUAUUGGCAGAGGCCAUUAUCGGGGCGGGGGGGGGGGGGGGGGGGGUGUUAGAGGAGUGCGGGGUUACGCGACCCAGUUGCACGGCCGUGGUGCGCUCCGCUACCAUUGACCCAGAUCCCUGCGCGGCGGAGGCCCGCCGCCGGCCUGACCUACAAACCAACCUCCCAUCUGCC